AUGUUCGUCUCCUUGGCAGUCCUGAUUGGGCUUGCCUCCACAACAGUGCUUGCAUCUCCUCUAGCGGUAGAGGCCUCUUUUGACUGGCAAAAGACUGACUACGUGCUUGCAUUCGGAGAUUCUUACACAUUUGUGCAAGGAACAGAAGGGUACUGGGGAUACAGCUUCAUCGGUUCUCAGCUAAACAUCUCGUUCACUCCCGAACAGCUGUUAUCAGAUCGCAUUGUUCCUGGGCAAAAUACCUCAUCCGCUGGAGGUCCCAAUUGGAUCGAAGAACUUACUGGUUGCAAGGAAGGCUUGCCACGAGACUGCGAGAUUCAGUUAUGGAACUUUGCAUUCGCAGGCGCCGAUGUGUCCACUACUUUUGUUCCACUCCACCAUGACUACACAAUAUCGUUCCAAAAUCAAGUAUCCCAAUGGGACGAGUAUGGCAAAUCGGUCAUCAACGCAGACACCAAAAGCUCCCUCGUAGCUUCAUUCAUUGGAAUCAAUGACAUCAACGACAUGGCCAACUUCCAGUUUCCUGUUCAAAAUUCAACAAACUUCCAAGAGCUAUACACUGCGGUCAUCACAGAGCAGUUUGAAGCCCUUGAAACCGUUUAUCAAGCUGGAUAUCGCAGCUACCUCUUCCUCAACUUACCUCCUCUGGACAAGACGCCUGCUGCACAAAGCGACCCCACUCGGAAGCCAAACACGACGAUGCUAAAUACUUUUAAUGAUGUUCUCAACCAAACCGCCAAAGCCUUCACAGAAACACACCCAAACACGACUGCCUUGGUGUUCGACACAUACACCUGGCUCACCUAUGUCUUCGAGAAUGCGGCCACGUUCGGUAUCACCAACACCACGUCGUUCUGUCCCAAGUACAAUGCAUGGGAUAUUGCGACUAACUACGCUUCGUACGGCUGUCAGCCAAUCGGUGAAUACUUCUGGUACAACUCGGGGCACAUCACAUACACUGUUUCCCAGCUGCUUGGCUCCAAAGUGGAUGAGUUCUUGGCUCAAAAGAGCGGACAGUGCGGUGAGAAGCAUAACACUAGUUCAUCGUGGGGAACUCGAUGGGUUGAUGGGGUCGCAAGUUGA